AGUUUAUAGACUUGAUUUGAAUUUUCCAAGCUCUCUUGUAAUCGCCCUCUUUUUUCGUAUUUAAUUUGACAAUCGACCCAGUCUUGCAUCGCCGGGCUCUUGUUGACACAUGCCUCAUUCCGAUGGCCGGACUUUCCAUUUCCAAGAACAUGGCGACGGUUCUUUUCAAAAGCCAAUCGUUAAACUCGUAUCCGCGUCUUCCAACUCUCAGGUGCUAUUCUUCUCGAUUAACCGAGACCGUAACCAAAUCAUCGACCAAAACCGAAAAGGCCAGAGCCAUGGCCCGGAUGAUCAACUCUAAACCUUGGUCCAGUGACCUCGAAUCAUCUCUGGCUUCACUCUCACCCUCUCUUUCUAAAACCACCGUUCUUCAAACUCUGGGUUUUCUGAGAGACCCACCCAAAGCACUUCAAUUCUUCAACUGGGCACAGGAAAUGGGUUACACCCACACCGAACAAUCAUACUUCUCGAUGCUAGAAAUUCUGGGUCGCAACCGGCAUCUUAACACGGCUAGGAAUUUUUUGUUUUCGAUCGAAAAACGGUCUCGUGGGAUAGUCAAACUCGAAGCCCGCUUCUUCAAUAGCUUAAUGAGGAACUUUAGUCGAGCUGGACUGUUUCAGGAAUCUAUAAAGGUGUUUACGAUAAUGAAAUCACAUGGAGUUUCUCCGUCGGUUGUUACAUUUAAUAGUCUUUUGACCAUUUUGCUUAAAAGGGGUAGGACCAACAUGGCGAAGAACGUGUAUUAUGAAAUGCUUAGUACUUAUGGAGUGACUCCAGAUACAUAUACAUUUAACAUUUUGAUUAGAGGAUUUUGUAUGAAUGGUAUGGUUGAUGAUGGUUUUAGGAUUUUCAACGACUUACCUCGCUUUGGAUGUGAACCGGAUGUUGUUACAUAUAAUACACUUGUUGAUGGGUUGUGCAGGGCAGGUAAGGUUACCGUCGCAUAUAAUUUGGCUAAGGGUAUGGGGAAGAAAAGUGUGGAUCUGAAUCCCAAUGUUGUUACAUACACAACUUUGAUUAGAGGUUAUUGUGCAAAGCGAGAGAUUGAUAAAGCCUUGGCUGUUUUUGAAGAAAUGGUUAAUCAAGGAUUGAAAGCAAACAACAUAACCUACAAUACUUUAAUUAAGGGGCUUUGUGAGGCCCAGAAAUUUGAGAAAAUAAAAGAGAUAUUGGAGGCAACAGCAGGAGAUGGAACAUUUUCUCCUGAUACAUGCACAUUCAACACUUUGAUGCAUUGCCAUUGUCAUGCUGGAAACUUGGAUGACGCCCUGAAAGUGUUUGAGAGGAUGUCAGAGUUAAAGAUUCAACCAGAUUCAGCCACGUACAGUGUAUUGGCUAGAAGUUUGUGUCAAGGAGGGCAUUAUGAGAAGGCAGAGGACUUGUUAGAUAAACUAUUAGAGAGAAAAAUAUUGUUAAGUGAUGACAGUUGCAAGCCUCUUGUUGCUUCAUAUAACCCCAUUUUUAAGUAUCUUUGUGAAAAUGGAAAGACUAAGAAAGCUGAAAAAGUAUUUAGACAGCUAAUGAGAAGAGGGACGCAAGACCCUCCAUCUUACAAGACUUUGAUCAUGGGGCAUUGUAAAGAAGGUACAUUUGAAUCUGGAUAUGAGUUACUAGUCUUGAUGUUGAGGAAAGAUUUGUUACCAGAUUUUGAGAUAUAUGAAUCCUUAAUCAAUGGGCUCUUGCACAUCGAUAAGCCUCUUCUUGCCCUUCAGUCACUGGAAAAGAUGCUGAAGAGCUCCCAUCGUCCUAAAUCAUCUACCUUUCAUUCUAUACUUGCAAAACUAUUAGAACAAGGCAGUGCAUCCGAGUCUGCUAGUCUUAUACAAUUAAUGUUAGACAAGAAUAUUAGACAAAAUCUCAGUUUCUCGACUGGCUGUGUAAGACUACUAUUUGGAGCUGGAAUGAAUGACAAAGCAUUCCUAUUAGUUCACCUGCUUUAUAAAAAGGGCUAUUCAGUUAAAAUGGAAGAAUUAAUCCAUUAUCUUUGCCACUGUAGAAAGGUUAUUCAGGCAUCUAAACUGUUGCUAUUUAGUUUGGAGAGUCAUCAAUUUGUAGACAUGGAUGUUUGCAAUACAGUUAUUUUUCAACUUUGUGAGAUUAGUAAGUUGUCUGAAGCAUUUAGUCUGUACUAUAAACUGGUUGAGAUGGGGGUCCAUCAACAGUUAAGCUGCCAAAACCAAUUGAAAGUUUCUCUUGAGGCUGGGGAGAAAUUGGAAGAGGCUGAGUUUGUAUCAAAAAGGAUGGAACCGGUGGAGAUGGGAGUCCAUCAACAGCUAAGCUGUCAAAACAAAUUGAAAGUUUCUCACGAGGCUGGGGGAAAAUUAGAAGAGGCUGAAUUUGUCCAGAAAAGGAUGGAACGGCGUCUGAAAUCUAAAAAUUCCAAUCCACGAGUGUAAAAUAUUUCUGAGAAGUCCAAAGGAAAAUGAUGUGUGAGCAAGCAACAGAGAUUCACAAGUCUAAGGGAUCUGGCCACAUAUCAAGAAGGGUAGGACGACUUCUGGUUCCUGUCAGAAUAGCAAAUCACCAGUAGAUGCACUAUUGUCCCAAAGCAGCCCUGCUCCAGCCUCUCAGAACAUUGAAACACCUUCUAAGAUCUUUCUGAUCAACUGUCUAUGUGCCAUCCAACAGCCAUUAUCUGGCCACGAUGUCAAGAAAUUUGGAGUAAUGAUAAAUUAGUCACUUGAGCGCGCUUGUUGAAAAGGAAGUUGAUGCAAUCAUACGAAGGUGCGGCUUUAUCUCAAAAGAUGGCAUAUUUCCAUAAAAGCUCACAAGCAGGCAAUGCAGCUGAUGGACUACGAUUGGCCAUGAUUCACGACACGUCUCUCCCGCUUCACUUUCAGAGAGCUUGAAAGCUUUCUUUGGGCAUGUUCUGGGAAGUGAGAGUUUCCUUCUGAAGUUUGAGCUAUUAGAGAUUCCUAAAUUGCGAAUGGAAGCCUGUAUUCAAGUGGCUCGAUCAGUGGCUGAAGCUUACGAACUUAUAUACGACACAAUCAUGGAUCCAAACAACAGGUACUCAGACCCUACUACUUGCAAGGCAUCCUUCAAACCAGAUAAGAACGAUUUUGGGAAUAUAACUAUAGAGAUUUGAUUUGAGAUAUCAUUGCAUUGAGUAGGUUGCUGUUUAGUGUUACUUUUAUGAGUCUAAAGCUUUAGAUUGAAUGGUUUUAACUUAAUUCAUCAUUAAAUACAUUAAUAAUGAAUAAAACUAUAUGCUUUUUUCUUUUC